AGAGAGACCCUAAAAAUGUCGAUUCAUCUGGUAACAGAGGAAAUGAAGGCCAAAGCCGAAGUUUACCAUGGAAACGAGACAUGCACAGAGAAGUUCACAUCGUUGUUGGAAGAAAAAGGGUUGCCAAAGGGCUUGCUACUAACUCUCCAAGACAUACACGAAUACGGUCACGUCAAGGAUACCGGCUUCGUCUGGCUCCGACGCCGGUGCCUACACGGAACGACGUCGAAGAGGGACGGCCUCCACAUGUUCGAUAACGUAGUCGUCAGGUACGAUGCGGAAAUCAAGGCGUAUUUCGAGACGAACAAGAUCAGGAACCUGACGGGUGUUAAAGUCAAGGAGUUCAUGCUUUGGUUUGACUUGACCGAAAUCUGCGUCCAACAUCGAUCCCGUUCGGAGACAUCGACAAUCACGUUCAAAACUCCCGUGGGUUUGACGAGGUCAUUUCCGAUAUCGUUGUUCGAAGCUCGGUCGGCCGUGUUAGGCGAUGGUAACGUGAAUGAAUUUGGUGGGGAAGCAAACGAAGGAAAGCAAUGCAAGAAAGUUAAGAAAGGUAGUUAA